GAGCGCUUCCUUUAGCUCUCACGCUUUCCGUUCGGAGCUGGGGCCGGGACACCGAGGGCUGCAGCCAUGGCGCUUUAUAACUUCAAGAAGAUUAUGAUGGUCCCGUCCGCGAAGGACUUCAUAGAUCUAACCCUAUCGAAGACCCAGAGAAAGACGCCAACGGUGAUCCAUAAGCAUUACCAGAUCCAUCGCAUUCGGCAGUUUUAUAUGAGAAAAGUCAAAUACACUCAGCAGAAUUACCACGACAGGCUGUCUCAGAUCCUCACCGAUUUCCCCAAACUAGAUGAUGUGCAUCCGUUUUAUGCCGAUUUAAUGAACGUCCUUUACGACAAAGACCAUUACAAACUGGCCCUGGGUCAGAUCAAUAUUGCCAAGAACCUCGUGGACAACGUUGCCAAGGAUUACGUGAGGCUCAUGAAAUACGGCGAUUCCUUAUACCGCUGCAAACAGCUAAAGAGAGCGGCUCUGGGGCGCAUGUGCACCAUCAUCAAGAGACAGAAGCAGAGUCUGGAGUAUCUAGAGCAAGUACGACAGCAUCUGUCUCGUCUGCCCACCAUCGAUCCAAACACAAGGACUUUGCUUCUCUGCGGUUAUCCAAAUGUUGGCAAAUCCAGCUUCAUUAACAAGGUGACCAGAGCGGACGUGGAGGUUCAGCCGUACGCUUUUACCACAAAGUCUCUGUUUGUUGGACACAUGGAUUAUAAAUAUCUGCGCUGGCAGGUAGUCGACACGCCUGGUAUCCUGGACCACCCGCUGGAGGAGCGGAAUACCAUCGAGAUGCAGGCCAUCACUGCCCUGGCUCACCUCCGUGCCGCGGUGCUAUACGUUAUGGACGUCUCUGAGCAGUGUGGGCACUCUCUGGAGGAGCAGCUGGAUCUCUUCAACAACAUCCGUCCCCUCUUUUCAAACAAACCGUUAAUCGUUGUGGUGAAUAAAUGUGACGUUAAGAGGCUUUCUGAACUUUCGGAAGAACAGCAGCAAAUCUUCAAAGACCUGGAGAGCGAAGGCUUGCCGGUGAUUGAAACCAGCACUCUCACAGAAGAAGGUGUGAUCCAAGUUAAAACGGAGGCCUGCGACAGACUUUUAGCUCAUCGCGUUGAAACCAAAAUGAAAGGAAACAAGGUGAAUGAUGUCCUGAACAGGCUGCACCUGGCUGUACCAGCUAAAAGAGAUCAAAAGGAGAGACCGCCUUUCAUCCCAGAGGGUGCUUUGACAAGAAAGAAGCGAAUGGAAACUGAUGCUCCAAAGAAGAAGCUGGAAAGGGACCUGGAGGUAGAAAUGGGUGACGAUUACAUCUUGGAUCUUCAGAAAUACUGGGAUAUCAUGAACUCAAGUGAAAAAUAUGACAAGAUACCAGAAGUCUGGCAGGGCCACAACAUUGCUGAUUAUAUCGAUCCCGACAUCAUGAAAAAACUGGAAGAAUUGGAGAAAGAGGAGGAACUGAAGGAAGCCGCUGGUGAAUAUGAUAGCGAAAUAGAAAGCGAGGAUGAAGAAAUGACAGAGAUCAGGGAGCUGGCUCAGCAGAUCCGAGAGAAGAAAAGACUGAAGGUCCUCGCGUCAAAGGAAAAAGACACGCACAGGCCGCAUCUUCCCAGAACAGCGAAAAGGGUUCAGCGCAAGACAUUGGAGAAAGAGAUGGGUGAACUUGGGCUCGAUAUGACUGAUAAGGAAGAGACUCACUAUGCAACCCAAGCCAGAUCAAGGAGUUUGCAAAGAAAACGCAAGCGUGACGAGUCCGAGCCUCCAACGUCCGUCACUCGCAGCCGCAGCAACUCCAGGACUCCGCGGGACCAGUCUGGAGUCCGUGAUGUCAAGAUGGCUAAGAAAGCCAAGACAAUCAUGAAAAAGUCCCAGAGGAAAAUGAAUCGCCUGGGCAAGAAGGGCGAAGCUGACAGACACGUGUUCGAUCUGAAACCCAAGCAUUUAUUUGCUGGCAAAAGGAAAUCUGGCAAGACAGACAGAAGAUAAAGCUCUCCGUGGAACAAGGAGUCCUCUCGUUCCGCAGCUCCAAAGGACUGGUCUACAGAAUCUCUCAAACCAAGGGUUCCAGCUUCUAUCUGUCACCUCGCGUCACCCAACCACAAACUCUGUAUACGCAGCAGUCAUUUCAAUACCGGGAGGUUAACGGACUGUUUAAUGAAAGAUCGGUUGACUGUGAUUUGCAGAAUUUAUAGGUCGGUUCUCGUAGAGCUACGAGCGGCAAAAUAUUAAUUUGAGAACUGAUAAAAAUCCUUUCUAUUUAUCUCAGCUAUCGAAAGGCAGGCUUUAUUUUUACAUAGAAUCGUGUAACAUGCCGGAGUCCACGCAAGGUACAUGCCUCUGAAGCGGUCCUUUUAAGAAAUAAAUAUGCAACAUCUGUUGGUAUUUAUUUAA